UAUUCGAACAGUUCAGGUUUUUUUUGAACCUGUACUUCCUGGUGAUGGCACUUAGUCAAUUCAUUCCGAGCAUCAGGAUUGGUUAUUUGUAUACAUAUUGGGGACCACUUUGUUUUGUACUUGCCGUAACAUUGUUCAGAGAAGCUGUCGAUGAUUUUAGAAGAUACAGACGAGACAAAGAAGUUAACAGGCAGCGCUAUGAACGUAUAGCUCUUGACACAAAUAUAAAUGGAUACCGUCCAUUCAUCACAGAGCACGUACCAGCGUCAGAGCUGCGUGUGGGAGACAUUGUUAUGCUCCACAAGGGUCAAAGAGUACCGGCUGAUAUGAUCUUAUUACGUACUAAUGAGACAAUGGGUACUGUAUUCAUUAGGACAGACCAGCUGGAUGGUGAAAUCGAUUGGAAAGUAAGAAUACCCUUACCGUCGACCCAGAAACUUCCAACCGACGCCCACUUGCUGGACAUAAACGCGCAACUGUUUGUAGAGAAACCGGAGAAAGAUAUACAUUCGUUUAUCGGUACGUGCACGAGAUUGGAUGAAGAGGAGAGUGAUUCUUUGGACAUUGAGAAUACAUUGUGGAGUGGGUGUGUCGUAGCGUCAGGACAGGCCACUGGACUGGUUAUUUAUACUGGUAGUGAAACUCGAAGUGUUAUGAACAACUCAGCGCCUCGGUCGAAAAUUGGUCGGCUGGACCUGCAAGUGAACGAUUUUACCAAAGUACUGUUUGUCGCUACUCUCUUCACAUCACUACUAAUGAUAGUGUUGAAGGGAUUCGAUGGUCCGUGGUACGGGUUCCUGUUCAGAUUCGUGCUGCUCUUCUCGUACAUCAUACCUAUCAGUCUGCGCGUCAACUUAGACAUGGGCAAGGCGUUCUAUUCGUGGACAAUACAACGUGAUAAGAAAAUCGAAGGGACCGUAAUGCGUUCCACCACCAUACCAGAGGAACUGGGCAGGAUACAGUAUCUACUGGCUGAUAAAACUGGAACUCUGACGAAAAACGAAAUGGUGUUUCAGAAGUUGCACCUCGGUAAUGCAUUGUUCGAUAAGAAUAAUUUUUAUGAGGUAGAAGCGUUCCUAACCCAGCACGUAACAAACGACGCACCAUCUUUACCGACAUCGCCUACAACUGAAGGGGCGGCGAUGGCGCCGACUCCAAGACAAAUUUGGGAAGCUGUGCUCGCUCUGGCGGUCUGUCACAACGUCACUCCGGUUUAUGACAUGGAUGACCAACGAGCUGAUGAGGCUCAGUCAGAUAUGGAUAGCUCGGUAAUGUCUGAGAGCUGCGGCGGUGCAGUGCCUCAACAACAACUGUGCGACUACCAAGCGGCCAGUCCGGAUGAAGUCGCUCUCGUCAAAUGGACUGAUAUGAUGGGCGUAUCUCUCUACAGUCGCGACUUGCACAAUAUAUCCCUGAAACUUCGCGCAGCUAAUGAGAUUAUAUCGUACAAUAUUCUGCAGUUAUUCCCUUUUACCAGCGAGAGCAAAAUGAUGGGCAUCAUUGUUCAGGAUGAAAACACUCAAAAGAUCACCUACUAUGUGAAAGGCGCAGAUGUAGCGUUGGCCAAGCUGUUAAACUCUUCCUGGCUCAGUGCUGAGUGCACGAAGCUGGCUGCGGAGGGCUUACGGACUCUAGUCGUUGCCAAGAAGACUUUGACUAAGAACGAGUACUUGGAGUUUGAGAGCGAGUACAAGGAGGCGCGUCUGAGCGUGACGUCACGCACGGAACGCACGGCGGCGUGCCUGGCGCGGCUGCAGCGGGGGCUGGCGCUGCUGGCGCUCACCGGCGUGGAGGACCGCCUGGCCGAGCGCGUGCCCGCCACGCUGGCCGACCUGCGCGCCGCCGGGAUCAAGAUCUGGAUGCUGACGGGCGACAAGCUGGAGACGGCGCUGUGCAUCGCUCGCUCGCUACAACUGGGCGGCGGUGCACGCUGGCUCGCCGCGCCCGAGUGCACGUCGCGUAGAGACGCGUACGCGCUGCUGACGUCACUGGCGGGUAACGCGGAGGGCACCGACCUCAUCGUGGAGGGCGAGACGCUGGAAGUGUGCCUGCGGUCGUACGAGGCGGAGUUCGUGGAGUUGCUGUGCGCGUGCUCGGGCGUGGUGGUGGCGAGGUGUUCCCCGACGCAGAAGGCGCGCGUGGCGCAGCUGUUGCGCGCGCGUGGCCUGGUAGUAGCUGCGGCUGGGGAUGGUGGGAAUGACGUCGCUAUGAUACAAGAGGCCGACAUGGGCGUGGGCAUCGAGGGCGCGGAGGGGCGCGCGGCGUCGCUGGCGGGCGACGUGAGCGUGCGCGCCUUCAGCUGCCUGGCGCGCCUGCUGCUGCUGCACGGCCGCCGCUCGCUGGCGCGCUCCGCCGCGCUGUGCCUGUUCAUCGUGCACCGCGGCCUCAUCGUGUCCACCAUGCAGGCUGUAUUUUCCGUAGUAUUUUACUUCUCGUCCGUAUCACUCUACCCUGGAUUUCUUAUGGUCGGUUAUGGAACUGUUUUCACUAUGCUACCAGUAUUUUCACUCGUAUUAGAUAAAGAUAUAUCAAGCGUAACAGCACUAAGGUAUCCGCAACUGUACAAGCAGAUGACAAAAGGACGACAGUUAUCAUACAAGACGUUUUAUAUAUGGAUCGGGAUCUCUAUUUAUCAAGGUGGUGUGAUAAUGUACGGCGCGCUUGUACUGUUCGAGGAUCAGCUGAUCCACAUCGUGGAGAUCAGCUACACGGCGCUGAUCCUCACGGAGCUGAUCAUGGUCGCGCUCACGGUGGUCACGUGGCACCGCCUCAUGAUCCUCGCGGAGCUUGUCAGCCUCGCCAUGUAUACCGCGACUCUGCUCAUCUUCACCACAUACUUCGACGGAGAUUUUAUACGACACUGGGACUUUUGGUGGAAGGUAACGGCCAUCACACUCGUAUCUUGCUUACCUCUGUACAUCGUCAAGUACAUGCACAGGAAGUGGAGCAACCGCCAGUACAAAAACUUAAAGAAAUGAUGGUAAAUUAAUAAACAUAAUAGUAUUUUUUUUU